CUGAAAGACCGUCUACUUGACCAAAUUCUGCUCUGUUGUCUCUAUGGUGUGGCUAAGGCAUGUGGCACUGUAAAUUUGAGUCUGGUGGAAAUUGUCCAGGCCUACAGAUUGCAACCACAGGCUUGUCGGGACACCUAUCGGCAUGUUCUAAUCUCACGAAUUAAUACGACUGAUGGCGAUAAUGUGCCGAUAAUUGAAGAGGAGAGGGCGGAUUUGGCGAGGUUCUAUAAUUACAUUUUCCUUGGUCGAGUGGAGUCUUAUUUGACGCGAUUUCUGGGUGCGUCAAUGACAGAUACCAAGGUUCAUCAGCAUGCAACAUCUGCACCUUUGACACCAAUUCCAAUUCCUCCCAUUUCGAGUUCGAAUUCGGGAAAUAGUGCGGUGGCAUCGGGUGUUGGUCCGUCGCAUUCUGGACUCCACGGAUUACAUCAUUCUGGAGGUCAUUUCGGUGGAGUAGCACAGAGCUCCAGCUUUCUACCAGCUAGACAUCUUGCGUCGACUCGUAACGUUUUCAUUGGACCAACAAGUCAACAACAGACAGGGCAUCCUCAUGGAGGGCACUUGGGACACCAAAGCGGACCCCCUGGUACUCCUCAAACCGGUCUCAAUGUGGCAGGCCAAACUCUCUCGCCAAAACGUGUGACCUUCACACUGGGCAAGGGCAACACCGGCAAGGACCUUCUUGAACUCAACUCAGUUAUUGGGGCGGCAGAACGACGGGCCUCCGUGACCUCGAGUUUGAAGCGUGCGUCGGGUGUGACUAUAGCGACCGCGGGAGGAACGACCUUCACAACUGUCUCUAAUUCCGCGCCAGGCUCGGAAUCGGCGAAGACGGUCACCAGAAUCGAUUUUAACUCCUGA